GGCAACGAUUUAAAAAUUGUGCUUGUGAACAUUUUAUUUAUUGCUUACGGUUUAAUUUGUUAUUGCGCUGCAUGAUGCUGGCCAAUGCACGUUUGGCUUAAAUUAUGGAUCUAGCAGAUCAAAUCGAUGACUAUAUCUGUUCAUUUGAGGGACUUGGUGACUUAACAAUGGACUCCUUAGCCAUGUUUAUAUUUCUCUGGGCCGUGCUGGCUCUGUUCUCCGUCUGGCUGUGCAAGCUGCUCUAUAACAAAUAUCUCAACAAAAAUGCGCCCGCCAGCGCCACCAACAGUCGCCAGAGCAGCGUCGCUCCAGCUGCAGCCGGCGCCAAGCCAGAGAAACGUCUCUCCGAGCCACGCGAUCUGCUGGCAACCAAAAGCAAAGUGGAGGAUUUAUCAAAGCCAGCGGGGGGCGCUGCCGCAGGUCGCGGACGCUCCUCAGCUUCGCUAUGGGUUGUGGUAGUGGCGGUGGCUGGCUGCGCGGGGAGCGGUCCACGUCGUCGUGUGGUGCGUCAGAGCUCCACCGGUCCAGAGAAUCGCAAGAAACGUUAUGUGCCACCGCCCUCUAAUGUGGUGGGACCUGAAACAAGCUCUGUUACCUGGACUAGUCAAGUAUUUCGUUGGCUGUACAGCGAUCUGGUAAUUGUGAAUGAGCUGCUCAUGUCCUGGGUGAUUGCUAUAAACGAUACACUGCGCAAAUCUGUGGAGGAGCAUGGCGUUGCCGUUGAAGUGGUGCGCGUAUUGCCGGACAGUCCCGCACCGGGUCUAAAUAAUAUAUUCUGUAACUGCGAGGAGCACAAUCCAGCGGAAAUGCUCAUCACCUUUGACUGUGACGCCAUGCCGGUGCUGCAGGUGAAGACCUUCCGGCAAAAGACGGGCAAGGUGGAGACAUCGCAUUACAAGGUCACCGUAUCGCGAUUCCGUGCGCGCAUGUCCAUACCCAUGAACUACAAUACGCUCAAGGGUGAGAUGCGUGUCGACGGCUAUCCAGAUGUGCGCAUUGCAAUGAACAGCGUGGGUGCGAUUAAGGCCAUGGAUCAGGAUGAGCAACAGCUGCAGAAUGUCAUAAGCGAUAUACUGACGACGGCGCUGCGUGAUACCGUCUACCCGGUGGACUUUUCCAUCUACUCCACCUGUCCACGUGCCGAAGUGGAGCCCAUCGAAUUGCCUGUAAUCUAUCCCGUACACUAUGAUUCGUUGGCGCACAACAUGGAGCACAUGUCCAGCGGCAAUCUGCGCGACUCACAGCACAUGGUCUCGGGUCGUCGCCUGCUGGUGAAGAUUGUCAAGGGCGAGGGUCUGAAGGAUGCACAUGAGCCCUAUGUGGUUAUUGAAAUGGACGAGCCGGCGCAGAAGAAUCAAACGGGCACACAGCGUGGCAACAAACCCUUUUGGGAUGAACACUUCCUCUUCGAACUCUCUCCACAAUCUGCCGAAAUACUCUUUGAGGUGUACGACCGUCCAGUGAUAGCUUCAGAUCCGCCAAAGUUCCUAGGUCUCGGCCUCGUGGGCAUUGAUGAGCUGGCCGUAGGUCCAGCGUCCACGCAGCUACUGCAGCUGCAGCCACGCCCCUAUGAGACACAGCCCGUUGCUGGCGCCAUUACCGUAGACUUUGUCUUCAUCGAGGGCGCCGAAAUUCCUGCGGCUGCACGCACGCAGCGUCUAAAGGAGGCACUGCGUCUGAGCACGCCCGCAAUUAACGAGCACAUACGUAAUGGCGCCGACUUGGCCGAUGCUGCGGUGCGUGCUUUGCAGGAUGGCGCACUCUCUGGCUCCACGGGCGGUCAGCCCAGCAAGAGCACGCUCAUCAUACACAGCGUGCAGCGGAACUCGAGCAAUCCAAAUGCAUUUAAGGUGGAGCUGAAUAAAGAAGGUCAAAUCGAGGUUAUCGAAGCUUCGCCUACAGAGCUCGAUCAGACGGUGGCUCAAGCGUUUGAGCGCGCUGCGGUUGAAGCCGCCCAAGCUGCAGCCGAGGAUCAGGUAGAUAGCCAGACGCAAAGUCAGCUUAAUGAAACAGGUAACGCUAUUCCCAACGAGGACAGCCAAACGGAGUUUGGGCAACCGAAUGCCGCCUCCUCGCCCAAUGGCAGCGGCUAUCACAACAACUACAGCCUCAAUGGCAAUGGCAAUGGCAGUGGCUACAACAGCAACAGCCUGCCCAGAAAUGGCGCCACCUCACCCUAUCUGAGCCAACAGCAGCAGCAGCAGUCGCAAUCGCUUGGCCAGUCCGCGGGCUUGGAGCUGGACGAUCGUGGUCGCAGCAAAAAACGUAAUUUCUUUGGCACACUCAAGAAGCGGCUUAGUCGCUCCAAGACACGCACCCUAUCGGCUGAUCAGCCCAAUAACAACCAUAUAUCAUCCACAAAUUCCGCCAAUACAACAACAACAACAAGAGCCACUGGACUCACAAGAAACGCCCAAGGAACCCUCAAUGGUGAAUCUUCCCGUUCAUUAUCUGUCGAUCGUGCUACUCUGUCUAAAAGCAAUUCACUUGGACCACGCAUGGGCAUAGGCUCACCCAUUACCGACCACUCACGACGCUCUUCAAUUUCAGAAUCCUCAGCCAUCUCCGGCUUCUCCUCAGCCAGCAAUAAAACUUAUUUGCAUGAGGCAUCCACAUUGGUGCUCGAAACAGUGGAGAAUGGCGUGAAGCGCCACUUUAUUGUGCCACUGAAUAUUGCACAGCGUCCACGCUGGCGCCGCAAGGGCACCAAGCUGCAUAUCUACAAUGAUCACACCUUCAUAGCCAAGCAUUUGAGCGGCAGCGGCUUGCAAUGUUCCAUCUGCAUGAAGUCCAUACCUAGACGGCCGGGCAAGCAGGGCUAUGAGUGCCGGGACUGUCAGUUGAUCUGUCACAAGCAAUGCCACAUACGUGCGCCGCAGGCGUGCCCCAAUCCAACUGUACUAUCCAUGGAACUAAACUCAUUUCCGCACCAAACUUAAUUCGGCUGCGGCGGAUCGCAGCAUUAGGAAAUUGUAAUUAAUUCUACAAUAGCAACAUAAACUAAACUCGAAUCGAUACAAAAUACCUUUUAAAUAGUUUGCAUUCUUAAUUCAUCGACCACACGAACAGAAAAUACUUGCUACAUACUUGCUAUGUAAUUAAAUUUACUUGAUACUUAAACUAUAAUUAUGUUAUUUAUUUGAUACACAUGUGCAAUAUUUUUUUGGUUCUUGUUUUUACGCCAAUCUCAUGUUUAUUUAUUGCAAUUUUAUUGUGUCAAGCAACAGAAACCUUGUGAAAUUCUUGUAUUUUUACCAUCACGAAUAAUAAUUGUACAAAACAAAUACAUAUUUUGAAUAAAAGCUAUCGGUAAAAGAUA